CUGCAAGUUGAGUUAGUAAAUCAACAGAAGCUUUACGAAAAUAUACAAAAUGAAACUUGUAGCAGUACUUUGCGUAUUCAUCGCUCUCUUCGGCGCUUCCAUCGCUCUGAAGAAUGACAUCUGCGGUCUACCGCCAGCCAGUGAUGGCAUCGGCUUGAUGAGGUGCUUUGCUAUACUUCCCAGCUGGACCUACUACGCUGCGGACAAUGCAUGCAAGGAAUUUGACUACGGUGGCUGCGGCGGCAAUUCAAAUCGUUUCGAAACUCAGGAACAGUGCGAGGCAAAGUGCAAGGAGUAGAUUUACUUAAACCAAAAACUGAUACACUAAAUAAAGCGUGGCAAAAAGUUUCUUAA